AAAAGUAAAUUAAGCCAAAAUAACAUAUAAACAAACUAUUUCUUUUUUCUUUUUUUCUUUUUUCUUUGAGUUCAUGAAAUUAAAAAUUCCUUUGAUCGGUAAAUUGGCAAAUCUGAACACGAACAGAGGAGGAUCAGAUUGCCAUUACCAUCAUCGAACGCCUUGUCUUUUCAAUUCACUUACAAAUUCGUACACUCAAAAAAAGCAAUUCGAUUCUCCAUUGCAAACCCCGAAGAAGAUCCCAUUAUCAUCAUCAAUCAAAAACACAAUGUUCAUCAAUAAAACUAAGACCCAAAACCAGCAAAUUCUGCCCAUUCUGAAGUUCAGCAUAUCAGUUUUUAAUAAUCUUUCUUCCUGUAUGUAAACUUUACAACAUACUUAUAUGUACAAGCAUCUCUGGUUAGCCCACUCGGCUACGCCACUAACAGCCCUGAAAUUGAACUGCUAGCUACAGCUAUACGUAUGCAGAAGGACAGAGGGAGAGAGAGAGAGAGAGAGACAUUGUGUGCCCUGAAUCGCACAAACAGGCAUUGUAGAAAUUUGGUGUGUGGGGGGAGGUGAAGGAUCAUGUGACAGCACCACGAGGCCGGCCGGCAGUCGCCUUAAGACACGCGUGUAUGCGCGCGCACCAAGUGUUUGACAAAAUGCCAAAACCAGCAGAGAGAACUAAGAAGAAACCUUGAACAUUCUCAAAUAGAUUACUAAUCCUCAGAGAUCGAAAAUGGCAAUCGACAUGAACUUCUCCCAUGAUAUUGAUGAUGAAUAUGUGAAGUUGAUUAGAAGAAUGAAUCCACCCAGGGUUGUAAUUGACAAUGAUGCCUGUAAGGAUGCUACUGUAAUAAGGGUAGAUAGCGCCAACAAACAUGGGAUUCUUCUUGAAGCCGUUCAAGUCCUUACUGAUCUUAAUCUUAUCGUCACCAAAGCCUAUAUUUCUUGUGAUGGUUGCUGGUUCAUGGAUGUUUUUAACGUCACCGAUCAAGAUGGAAACAAAGUUACAGAUGAAGGGGUUUUAGAUUACAUCAAAAGGUCGCUCGAAUCGGACUCUUGUUUUGCAUCUUCCAUGAGAUCUGUGGGUGUAAAACCAUCAGUUGAUUACACUGCAAUUGAGCUUAUUGGCAAUGAUAGACAAGGAUUACUUUCUGAAGUCAGUGCUGUCCUCACUCACCUCAAAUGCAAUGUUGUACACGCUGAGGUUUGGACUCACAACACGCGAGCGGCUGCCGUGAUGCACGUUACAGACGAUGAAACUGGUUCUGCAAUUACUGAUCUUGAGAGGUUGUCUAGGAUCAAGGGAUUACUUUCAAACGUACUAAGGGGAAGCAAUAGCAGGUCCAAUGGAGCUAAGACUGUUGUUUCUCAUGGAGUCACUCACAUUGAGAGAAGGCUUCAUCAGAUGAUGUUUGCUGAUAGGGAUUAUGAACUUCUCGAUGAGGAUGCCAUGGAAGAUCAACAAAGACCGAACGUCAAGGUUGUGAAUUGGUGUGAUAUAGACUAUUCUGUUGUUACCAUUCGGAGCAAAGAUCGGCCUAAACUUCUUUUCGACACGGUUUGCACUUUAACAGAUAUGCAAUAUGUCGUUUUUCAUGCCAACGUAGUAGCUGAAGGGACAGAAGCAUAUCAGGAAUAUUACAUUAGACACAUAGAUGGAUCUCCUGUUAAGUCUGAUGCAGAGAGACAAAGAGUAAUUCAAUGUCUUGAAGCUGCCAUUAGAAGAAGAGUGUCAGAGGGGUUGAAGCUAGAGUUAUGCACAACAGAUAGAGUAGGCCUUCUUUCCGAUGUUACCCGCAUCUUUCGAGAGAACAGCCUGACCGUCACAAGAGCAGAGGUAACAACAAAAGCCGGUAAGGCAAUCAACACGUUUUACGUUCGGGAUCCAUCAGGGUAUCCAGUCGAUUCGAAGACAAUAGAUUCAAUCCGAGAAUUGAUUGGACAAACAAUACUGAAAGUGAAAGGAAGCAGUAGUCCCAAAGAACAAAAACAAGCUUCUCAAGAUUCACCUACCAGGUUCCUAUUUGGUGGUCUUUUCAGAUCUAGAUCUUUUGUUAACUUUGGGUUAAUAAGGUCUUAAUCAUGAAGAAGAAAUAUAAUGCUGCUACUCAAAACUGACUUCAAAGCCCAUCCAUCAUGUAAAUGAACCUCACCAUAAAUACAACUUAGGAACAAAAACAUAGAGCAGCAUCAAUUGCUUCUUUCUUGUACAUAUUCCUAAUUAGACACAAGAAUUAGGACCUUGUUUUAGCCUUUUAUUUUUCUGAUGUAACCAAAAAUCAAGGGAAGAAGAGAGAGGGAGAGAGAGAAAAAAAAAAAGUUUAAUUUUUAUUAAUUAUGUAUUUGGUUAGGGUAACAUGGGUAGAAUGAAGGGUUGACAUUUAUUUUGGAUUUGAGCACAAAUUUCUAGAAAUAUUUCCAAGGUCGAGGAACCAACAACGAAGGAUCUUGUUAAUGUUUAUAUAUUUGGGUUAUUUUUUAAGAA